AUGCGCCUGCUCCUCGUAGGUGUAAUCGCCAUUGUUGUGAUGACCUUGGUCUACACCUCCCAGCUACGGGCGUCGCAGAACCCAGACGUGAGGACUUUCGGCGACUUCUACGAUCGAACCAAGAGUGAGCUGGAGCGAGCACGUGGCGGCCAGAAGAAGCAGCAGCAGUCGGUCCUGGACUCCAAGGGCGGAAACGGCAAGGAUGACGAUGCCCAGCUGGCCAAGGAAAUGUCAGACCGACUCAAGGCUGCCGAACAGAAAGCAAAGGACUCAGCCAAUGCGAAGGCGCCGAGGCCUGAUGCGCCGGACAAGGUCAUCGGCGUAGGCAAUUCGGCCGCCGGACAGGACAAGUCCAAAGACAAGGCCGGCAACCAGCUCACAGAGAAGGAAACCGACGAGGACCAUGAGGUCGAGACCAUUAUCAACGACAUUCUCAAGAAAUCCCCAGUUAUAAUCUUCUCCAAGACCUACUGCCAGUUCUCCAAGAGGGCAAAGGCACUCCUCCUCGACAAGUAUUCCAUCACGCCUGAGCCCUACGUUGUCGAACUGGACGUGCAUCAGCUCGGCAAGCCAAUACAGGACAGGUUAGCAAAGAUGACAGGCCGGAGGACCGUCCCAAACAUCAUGAUCAAUGGCAAGAGCAUUGGCGGCGCCGACGACAUCGCAGAGUUAGAUGACGGCGGCGAGCUCGUUGAGAAAAUUCGAUCGCUCGGCAGCGUGGGCGGCAAGACCGUCGAGGUCAAGGAGCGACAUGGAAAGCAAAAAUAG